AUGAACUUCAAGAAGACUCAGAAGCUAUGCUACGACCUAACUUGCCCGAUGUAUCAGCAGUACCUCCAGAACGCCUCGCGUAUCCAAGACAUGAACAAGACUGCCCAUGGCACCGGCUUUGUGAUGGGCGAGCUGGGCGAGGUGACCUCCGCCAAGGCCAUUGAGGCCGUCAAGACCACCGAGGUCGUCAAGACCCUUGAGGUCAUCAAGGGCCAGCACAACAACGGCGAGAAGUAG